AUGAGUAAUAUAACGCCAAAACCUACCGCUAGUUCAGAAAAAUUGAAAUGGCAAGCCAAAUCAGCGUUCAAUGAUGGUAAUUUUACAUUAGCUGUCGAACUGUUUAGUUAUGCCUUAGAACAGGUACCUAAUUAUGCCCCUUAUUUAACGAAUCGUGCUCUUUGUUAUUAUCGUUUGGAUGAUGCUGAUAAAGUUCUAAAGGACGCAUCGGCAAGUAUACAAGCUGAUCCGAAGUGGACGAAAGGUUAUUUUUACAAAGGUAAAGCAUUAGAAAUGUUGAACCGUAAAGCUGAAGCUGCUCAAUACUAUCGAAAGUGUUGUGAACUAGAACCUAAUCAAAGAGAAUACGUCGAUGUUCUCAACGAGUGCCUUCCGAAACAACAACAACAACAACAGCGACCCUCGUCUACUGUGAAUAGUCAAAUUCCGAGACAUAAUGUCAUGUGCGACGUAUGUGGUUGUUGUCCUAUUGUCGGUACUCGAUACAAAUGUUCUGUCUGUGACGAUUAUGACUUGUGUUCAAACUGUAUUAACUCAAAUCCAAAUAAUAAAGGACACCGAGACACACACGCACUGACUCCGAUCAAACAACCGGCUCAACAAGUAUCAACAAUGUCUAGUGCUGCUACUGCUGCAGCAGCAGCAAGACCACAAACUAUUGAUGUGGGACUAUCCGUUCAUAGUUACAAUGUGAUUCUCGUUAUAGAUGUGUCGUUAUCAAUGAUUGGCUAUGAAUCAAACAGCCGAAUCAAUCCUGCAAAAAACCGUUGGCCAGCAACUGAACGUGGAAUAAUCAAAAUUGCUAGCCAGUUAGGUUUAAAAGAUCGUCUGACUUGUUUAGCAUUCAAUGCUAAAGUUUACGAAGUAAUGGAUGCAGAAUCCAUCGAGGUAGCCAAAUUGAAAUUAGCAAUUGUUCUUUCGCAAUUGAAACCAGACAUAAAUGACGAAAAUUCUGGUACUGCGUUAUACGACGCGAUUGAUUCUACAUUUCAAAUCUUACUGCGAAACAAACUCGCCGGUCUGUUACUUGGCGAUGAGAAUCGAAAUCAAAUUAUUCUAAUUACCGAUGGAGAAGAUUGCAGUUCAACUGAAUGUAAUUUGAACGAAGCAUGUCAACGAAUGAGAACUAUUUGCGAAGAAUUUGGAACAGAUGUGUUAUUGAUUGGUAUCGGAUUAGAAUAUCAAGGACGACAAGCUAUGAAUCUUUUGAAACGAUCCGGUGGAGCUCGAUGCAAGUUCUUAGAUUUGGAAAAUCUUUCAGAACUAGACGAUAUCUUUGAUCGAAUAUCACUGGUUUUCACCAAACGUACAGCAGUGAUUAACGUAUGA